UUCUUAAAUGUAAUCCACUGCUUUGAAAUGAUUCCACAUUAAACUCAUUUCAACGUGUUAACAUUUCAAAGUGCAAUGCAUGUGUAUUCCCCUUCUGUUUAAUGGCAGAACUUGGCUUUGAUAUCAGACUGAUCAAUGGGAGUAAUAACUGCUCUGGGAGAGUUGAGCUAUAUUUCGAAGGUCAGAGAAGGAGAAUGUGUGACGAUGGAUGGGAUAAUGCCUCCGCUCAUGUGGUCUGCAAACAGCUGGGUUGUGGCUACGCUAUAUCUCCUCAAGAGGGCGCACUCUUUGGAGAAGGGACAGACCCCUCCUGGCUGUUGGGAGUAAGCUGUACAGGAAGAGAGUCCUCUCUAGAGAGGUGCCUUUCAGGACAGAACGGAAUACAGGAAUGCACAGAUGGUUCUGCGGUCAGUGUAAUUUGUUCAGGUGCUGCCGUUCCUGUCAGACUGGUCAAUGGAAGCAGCAGCUGCUCUGGGAGAGUUGAGUUCAAUUCCAUUGGUGUGUGGAGGGCAGUGUGUGGUAGUGACUGGGACAUGAACAAUGCGGAGGUUGUGUGCAGAGAGCUGGGCUGUGGCUCUGCUGUGUCUGCUCUAAGAGGAUCCCACUUUGGACAGGGGCAAGGAUCUGUCUGGCAGUAUAGAAUGGAAUGUACUGGAAGAGAAUCAUCACUGGAGAGAUGUGAUUCACAUAAACUUGUAGGAUCAUUCUGCAGCCAGAAGUAUAGUGCAGGGGCUGUGUGUUCAGGAAAUGCCUCCCAACAGCACCCUACCACCACCACUCCUACAGGAAAGGAUUUCUCAACUUGA